AUCAUCACGCUGCGCACUGAGGGAAGGACGCUGCCCCACGAAAACAAUCCGUGUCCAUCUUGGUCAGUCAUACCGUGAGAGGCAGCUGUUUGCGUCAGUGCAGGAGAGGAAGGAAUGAACCGGAAGCAAAUUCGAGGCGUCCUGCUGUGAGGACAAAGAAUCUGAUCCAGCAUGCCGACUGUAUCUGCGCUGCCCAAAGAGCUGUACCUUUCCACCUCGCUAUCUGAUCUCAAGAAGAAGGCAGAAGUUAAACCGGAAAAAACAAGCACAAAAAGCUAUGUUACUAGUGCUAGCAAGAUCUUUCAAAAAGCUGAAGAAUGCAGACUGGAUGGAGAUGAGGAAAAGGCGUAUGUCUUCUACAUGAAAUUUUUGUUUGUCUUCGAACUCAUUAAAAAAAGGGCAGAUUUCAAGCAAAAUCAGGACUACUUUAAGUCCUUACUUGGACCAUCUACUAUAUUAAAAUCAGUUGAAGAAGCAGAAAAACUUUCUGAGAGCCUUAAAAAUAGGUAUGAAGAAGCUGAAGUCCGGAAAAAACUGGAGGAAAGAGAGAGAUUAGAAGAGCAAAAGAAACUGGAGGGCAGUCUGCUUCCCAAGGAAAUACCUGAUAUUGUUUCUAAUCAGAUGGCGAAUGGUGCAAAAAAAGAACUUCUGAAGAAAGAGUCUUCUAAUGUGCCUCCUGGAGCAAUAGCUCCUGAAAACCUCUUUCCAAUGAUGAAUGAUUCCAACAUCAGCAUUCUUAUAAUGGACGCUCGAUGUGCGAAGGAUUUUGAAGAGUCUCACAUUAGAAGUUCCAUAAGCGUGCCACAGGAGGCUAUUUGUCCUGGGUACACUACCAGCAAAAUUGAAACAAAUCUCCCCGAUGCAUCGAAAGCCGAGUGGGAUAGAAGAGGUCAUGUCGAUUACAUUGUAUUACUUGACUGGUUCAGCUCCGUGAAUGAUUUAAGACUUGGAACUACCCUUCAAAGUCUGAAAGAUGCACUUUUCAAGUGGGACACUAAAACCAUUCUGAGAAGUGAACCGUUAGUGUUGGAGGGUGGUUAUGAAAACUGGCUGUUAUGUUAUCCUAUGUACACAACCAACGGCAGAGUAUCUGUACCCAUGAGGAGUAAAGCUGAAUCACUGCCUUUGUCGUUGAAUUUCAGUUACCCGACGCUAGAAGAGCCACCACCACCUCCAUCUUCUAUACAGGUAGAGCCCUCCCCGGUACCUGUGAAAGAAAAAAACGAGCCACCAAAAAAAGAAGUAAUUGUUGAGAAACCGGAAGAACUAGUUGUUGUAACACCAAAACCUGAACCUGCCGCCGAAAUACAGAAACCCAAUUCUGUGAAAGUAAUUCCAACUAUUGAUCGCACAAAGAAGCCAUCUGUAAAAGUAAGCGACAGUCCAACAAAGGUCAAAAUUGAAGCCAAAGAAAACCAGCCAAUACAAAACGCCAGGAAUAUCCCGGACCGUUCAACAAAGCCACCCCUGGACUCCAAGUCCAUGAAACCGGACACCCACGUUCUCGUGGAUAAAAAGAAAGACAAGCCUGAAACAAACACUACUGACAAGUCCAGUGAUGAUAAUGCAGGUUCUAAUCCGGAAGAACUGGAACCCAAUAAGAGCAAUGGAAGCAAAAAUGGGCAGGAGGCAAUUCACAAAAAGGAAGAAGUAGAUGAAAAACGCCAGAAUGUGAUAGAAAACAAAAAGCUGCAAACAAAAAGGAUAGAUGUUGACAAGAAACCACCUGAUGAAAUGAAAGAUGCACAACCAGCAAGCAUUCUAAAGAGGGCAAAACCAAGUAAAAGCCACCAGGAGGACAAGACAGACACGGUAGAGAAAGAGGUCUCUGAAGACAGAUCUAGGAGAGAUCCUUUGGUGCGCGCUCGAAGCGAAGAGAUGGGUAUGACUGUACCAGGAAUGCCAGCAGGCUGGGUUAAGUUCCUUGAGCCAAUAACUGGCACUUAUCGGUAUUAUCAUUCUCCAACACAUACGGUUCACAUGUAUCCUCCCGAAAUGGCUCCUGCGUCCAUCCCAUCAUCCACUCCUUCAGCUGCUCCAGUUCAAAGAGUCAAGCCUCAGGCUCACCUUGACACGGAACGGGAGCAGACCAAGUUGAAGCGCUCUUACUCCUCACCGGAUUUAUCCCAAGCACUUAAGGAGGAAGAGAAAAAGAAGCCAAUGCCGGUAGUCAAUCGAGAAAAUAAACCGCUGACUCACACCAAGGCGGAAAUCACGAAGCUUUCCGCAUCCAAGAUCCGCAGCCUGAAUCCGGUGUUUGGAGGUUUGGGCCCAGCUCUCACUGGCCUUCGAAACCUAGGGAAUACCUGCUACAUGAACUCCAUUUUACAGUGCCUCUGUAAUACUCCACGUUUAGCCGAAUACUUCAAUAAGAACUACUACCAAUCGGACAUUAACAGGUCAAACCUUUUGGGCCACAAGGGUGAAGUGGCUGAGGAAUUUGGCAUCAUAAUGAAAGCUUUAUGGAAUGGCCAGUACAAAUUUAUAAGCCCAAGGGACUUUAAAGUAACAAUUGGGAAAAUAAACGAUCAAUUUGCCGGAUACAGUCAGCAUGAUUCUCAAGAGCUGCUGCUAUUUCUAAUGGAUGGGCUGCAUGAAGACCUGAACAAGGCAGACAAUAGGAAAAGAUACAAAGAGGAAUCAAACGACCAUUUAAAUGAUUCCCAGGCAGCAGAUUUAGCCUGGAUGAAGCACAAACAGCUAAAUGAAUCAAUUAUAGUGGCGCUUUUCCAAGGACAGUUUAAAUCGACUGUACAAUGUCUAACAUGCCAUAGAAAGUCCAGAACGUUCGAGGCUUUCAUGUACCUGUCUCUCCCGCUUCAGUCUACAAGCAAAUGCUCUCUUCAAGAUUGCCUUAAGUCCUUUUCUAAGGAAGAAAAGCUCACAGAUAAUAAUAGAGUUUACUGUAGUAACUGUAAGACUCAAAGAGAUUCCUUGAAAAAAAUAGAGAUUUGGAAGCUCCCUCCUAUCCUUCUGGUGCACUUAAAACGCUUUUCUUAUGAAGGACGAUGGAAACAGAAGCUCCAGACUUAUGUGGAUUUUCCAUUAGAAUCCCUUGAUCUAUCACAGUACAUCAUUGGCCCUAAAACUUACAAGAAGUACAACUUAUUUGGAGUCUCUAAUCAUUACGGAGGCCUGGAUGGAGGUCACUAUACCGCGUACUGUAAAAACGGCUUGAAGCAACGAUGGUAUAAGUUCGAUGACCACGAAGUGUCGGAAAUAUCAGUAUCAUCUGUGAAGUCCUCCGCUGCAUAUAUCCUUUUUUACACCUCUUUGGACUUUCGAACAUCAGAGUUUUUGUCAUAAGAAAACCCAGUGCAUUGGAGUAUAAUUCCAUUGGGAGAGAAUGCAUUGCAAAUAUACAAGGCUAUCGUUAUGACUUGGCCACAAGGGAUUGAAUAAGAAAACUAUAUUGCCGAGUUCUUAAUUAAUUGAAAAAGUAGUGACAUCUGCAAUCAGUUCUUUUAUUUAAAUCACAAAUACAUUGACUUAAAUCUCUUUAACCAGUAGAUAUAUUUGCCUUGAACAUGUCCUCUAUUAAACCCUAAACGUUUAGCUUCAUCAAAUAGUGGCCUUUUUACGACCUUUACCAUAAUCUUCUCUACUGUGAAUUUGAAAUUGUUUGAGUAGAUUUGGAAUGUAUUAUUAAAUGACGGCUCAAUUGCACAUCACUGCUAUGUAUAUAACUGUAUUCCUUUGCUAGAUAUGCUAUUUAUACGAAAAGUGUGUCUGUGUUCAGAAUUCAACCUUAAAUCCGUAUGUUUAACACUCCAUGUAGUCUUUUCAUUUGGGUUUGCAUAGGAAGUAUCCUAUAAUAAUUGAACAUGUUUGUAUGUGCUAGACCGCAACUUUCCUGCUCUCUAGAAAAAGGAAGCCAUGCGAUUAAGAGGCUUUCCUUACCAAACCCAUUCCGCACAAACUGAAAACGCAUGGAAGAAAUUAUAGGUAUUUUCCCUCAUAUUAAAUAGUGUGCUAUUUUGCAUAUACUUACCUGAAUUUCUGAUACAAUAUAAUGCUAUGACAUAUCAGCUCAAACCUUUUUUUCUGCUUCUAUUCCCUGCAUCAUACAAUGCUGCUGGUCUUAAUCUUUCGAUUUUACCUUUUAUAUUGUGUUUUUCUUUUUGGCAUCAGCUCUGCCGAUUAAGUACCCCAGUGCAUUUUAUAUAGUAGAAGCAACAAAAAAGAGCAUUUCUGUUAAUAAUUCUCGCAAAUAUUUAUGUACCUAAUUUUCUCUAAAAAAAAAAUAAAUUUUAUUGAACAAUA